AUGGCCUCAUCUUUUAUUCAUCCGUUCCAAGUCAAGUGCUUAACCCCCUUCAAGCAAUCGUUGUCUCGAAGGAGAUGCAGACUAACUACCAGGCCAGUUAUCGCCUCAUACACUCGGGGGAAGGCCACUUCUUCUACUCGGGUUUUCCUCUCAGGUCCAUUCCACCCAGGCGCAGAGUAUACACUCCCCCCGGAAGAAGCAGCUCACCUUCGAGCUCGCCGAAUCCGCCACGGUUCACAAAUAACGCUUUUCGAUGGCACCGGCGCUUUUGCAACUGCGACUUUAGAUUCGGAAAGCUCUGUCACCGUCCUUACAACUACCUCGGCAGAGGCUCGAUCGAAAUCAAUAUGCGCUAUAAUUGCCUUGCCGAAAUCUCCCUCGCGUGCAGACGGCAUCGUAGAAAAGCUCGUUGAGCUUGGCGUCCAUCGUCUCGUUUGGGCUCGUACGGAACGCGUCAUCGCCGCUGCCCCUAAUCAAGCGCGCUUGGCUCGAUGGGCUCGCCUUGCCGUAGCAGCUUCGAAACAGAGCAUGCGCACUGAUGUGCCUAUCGUCCAAACCACUUCUAACUGGGGAGAGUUGCUUGAGCUCGCUUCGCAAUCGGACUUAGUGCUAUUGCUCUCCGCUGCAGGGACUCCUAUUCUAGGGCAGCGAUGUACAGACGCCGUACGGGCAGCAAGGAAUAUCGCUGUGCUUGUAGGCCCGGAAGGAGGCUUUACAGAUACCGAGGAAGAAAAGCUGGAGGCGGUUGGGGCACUGAAAAUCGGACUUGGGUCGAACAGACUUAGAGUCGAAACUGCUGCUUUUACUGCUGUUGCUGUCUUGAUGCAGGUGGCGUUAUUGGAAUCCUCCGAACGGACUGCGUCGAUCGCGCGGGCAAAGGGUGGUACAAACAACUCUGCGAGUAUAGCGGAUGCAUCACCGGAGUAG